AGAUGAUGUUUCGAGGUGGACACAGGGGCCAGCGUUGUCAGGGUGCUUGAGGAGCGUUGCUCAGAGAGACCGUUUUCCUGGAGGGGAUUUUGCCGGAGGGUCGUUGGUCUUCUUCGCCGGCUGUCGAUCACGCUUCGAGGGUGAUUGAAACAUGCCGCCAAGAAAAAGAAAGGGAGGUUUCAAAAAGAAGAUCAAGGCCGUGGCUGAGCUUGUGGGACUUUCGAGUGGUUCGUCGUCGCAGACACGUCCUCCUAGCGCUCCUCCUAGCCCUCCACCACGGAGGAAGAAUGCCCAGCCACGGCGACUUCGUACCCCUUCUCCUAGUCCUCCCCCAGCCGAGGAUGAUGACGAGGAGCAGUGGGGUGGGGAGGACGAGGAGGACGGUGAGGAGCACGGUGGGCAGGACGAGGAGGCCGGUGGGGAGGACGGUGGGGAGGACGGUGGGGAGGACAGUGGGGAGGACGGUGGGGAGGACGGUGGGGAGGACGGUGGGGAGGACCUCGAGGAGGAUGAGGGGCUGGGGGGUAUGCCGCAGGAGCUAGACCCGACCCUAGUUUGGUCUCCGCCGGUGGAGGAGGUGUACGUUGCAGCCGAGGAGAGGCUGGAACCACGGGACAAGAAGCCGUAUAGGCGCGGGAUUACGAAACUCCCCAAGCUAAAAACUUGGGCCUUCCGCGAUGUUGUUCUCGUGCCCGCUGGAAAGAGCAUGUUCAAGUAUGGCGACCCGAGGAGGAAGCCGACACGUGAGUACCCGAACAUCCUUGGAGGCAUAAUUAGGAAGCAUUUCCCUGGGAUUGUCAAUCUCCCUACUGGUGGCCGCGACGUGGCUUGGACUUGGAAGCACUACAGCUACGCGGAAGAUCCUAGCGGCAAGUACGGAAACAUGCAAGAGCGGGUUGUCCGCCACUUCUGGGUACGUGACUUUUGGCUUCUUAGCAUUCAAACACUUCUUGGCUACCAAUAG